AUGUCAACUUACAACGAAGUCUUCGACAUAAUAAUCAUCGGCGCCGGACCCUGUGGUCUCGCCGUCGCGGCUCGUCUCCGCGAAGAAACGCCCUCAGCCAUGUUCACCGACGAAGAGCAUCAGCGAUACCACUGGAUCAAAAAACACCAGGGAAAAAUGAGUCUAGCACGUGCAAAAACGAAACGGUUAUACAAUGCUCCGCUCGCUGAGUCAAGCUACUACAAGACUCAGAGGUGCUGUGCGAACGACAACAGUCGCAGUACAUACUCAACUCUGGUAUUGGAUAGUUCCGGUAGUCGAUGGAUGGAACGAUGGCAUCGGGCUUUCAAGGCUUUGAGAAUUGAGCAUUUGCGUAGUCCGAUGUUCUUUCAUGUUGACCCUGCGGAUCGGGAUGGGAUGUUGGCCUAUACGCGAGAGACGGGGAGGGAGAAGGAGUUGUUUGAACUUUCGGGAUGUGUUGGGCAGGAGUUGAGUAAGCAUAAGAGGAAGAAGAUACGCAAUAUAUCUCAAUUCCCCCGAGAAGCUGAAAUCAAUGAACGUGAUCGAAAAGAUUACUUUACGCCUUCGACGAGUUUGUUUGCUGAUUACUGCAACUCCAUCAUUGCGCGAUACGGACUUGAUAAUGAAUCGGUACCAAUUCAGCGGUCGGAAGUAUGCGAUAUCACAUUCGGUGAAGUCCAAGGUUCAAAGGACGAUAGUAAACUAUUCACAGUUUCGACUACUCAUGGAAAAUCGUUUCACAGUAGAGCGGUAGUUCUAGCCGUGGGACCCGGUUUGACCAAGAUGAUGCCUUGGAAUUUAUCCUCUGAUGAAGAACUAGGUGCCUGUCACAGCUCGGAAGUGGGUGUCAAAUUCCCUAGUGCGGCUCUUGCACGGAAGAUUGAGAAUCGGCAGACGACACAUGUGGUUGUUGUAGGUGGCGGAUUGUCAUCUGCACAAUUCGCCGAUAUGGCUAUAGCCAGAGGCGUUACUAAAGUCUGGCAUAUUAUGAGAGGUGAUUUGAAAAUUAAACAUUUUGAUGUUAGUCUGAAUUGGGUCGGGAAGUUUAAGAAUUACGACAAAGCUGUUUUCUGGUCAGCUGACGAUGAUCAAGAACGCUUUGAGAUGAUACAAACAGCUCGCAAUGGAGGCAGUAUAACACCACGCUACCAGAAGAUCCUCAAACAACUCGCGGCCAAAGACCGUGUAUCAAUCCACACCCAAACCGUGAUUAGUAGCAAAAAGUUCGAUUCAGGAACACAGACGUGGAAGAUAGUCACAGACCCACCUAUAGCCAAUUUCCCAGAUCGCAUUGACUACGUCUGUUUCGCAACGGGUAUGAAGACAGAUGCGAAUGAGAUGGGUCUACUCCAGUCAAUGAAUCGCGAUUAUCCAAUUGAAAGUAUAAACGGACUUCUAUGUUUAACGGAUGAUCUCAUGUGGAAACCGGAUGUCCCAUUAUUCGUCACAGGACGUCUUGCGUCUUUACGUCUGGGACCGGCGGCGCCGAAUCUGGAGGGAGCGCGACUCGGAGCUGAGAGGAUUGCAUGGGCGUUGCAGGAUGUGUUAGGGGAGCAGACGGAUGUCGACUUUUGUGGUCGGGAGGGUGAGAAGUUGCAGAAGGCGUUUUGUGGGUUGGGGAAUCGGUAUGAGAGUUUGGCUCAGUGUUCAUAG